GGAUCAGAAGGCCACGGAGCAGCUGACGAGGACCCUGCGGGGCGUGAUGCGCGUGGGGCUCGUGGCCAAAGGCCUCUUGCUCAAGGGGGACCUGGACCUGGAGCUGGUCCUGCUGUGCAAAGACAAACCCACGGCCAAGCUCCUGGAGAAAGUCGCCGACAACCUGGGGGUGCAGCUGGCGGCGAUCACCGAGGACAAGUACGAGGUCAUCCAGUCGGUGGGCGACGCCGCCAUCGUCAUCAAGAACACGAAGGAGCCCCCGCUGAGCCUCACCAUCCACCUGACGUCGCCCGUGGUGCGGGAGGAGCUGGAGAAGCAGCUGGCCGGAGAAACGCUCUCAGUCACCGACUCCCCGGACGUUCUGGACAGGCAGAAAUGCCUUGCUGCCUUGGCGUCUCUGCGCCACGCCAAGUGGUUCCAGGCCAGGGCCAACGGGCUGAAGUCGUGCGUCAUCGUGAUCCGAGUGCUGCGGGACCUCUGCACCCGCGUUCCCACCUGGGCCCCGCUCCGAGGAUGGGUAAUUCCCUCCCUUCUCCCGUUCCCGGGGGGAUGAGGGUGGUGGGGGGGG